AUGGCGGGCCAAUUUAUUCGCGGGCAGCUUUCGACUCCACCACUACCUCAAGUUGACUUGACCGGACGGACCAUCUUGCUGACAGGAGCGAAUUCUGGAUUGGGCCUUGAAGCAGCCAAAUUGCUGAUGCAAUUAAAUUGCAGCACCAUCGUCCUUGCAUGCCGAAGCCUCGCGAAAGGGGAGAAGGCUAGGGAGACCAUCUUGCAAUCAGCAUCCAGCAGCUCCCGCGGACAUUCGCAGCCGACCUUUAUCAUCUGGGAACUCGAUCUUGACUCCUUCCCAAGCGUCGUCGCCUUUUCCGAGCGAUGCAAAGAUCUCCCCAGGCUUGAUGCCGCAAUUCUCAAUGCGGGCAUUAACCUGGUGGAGUUUACGCGAGCAGAGGGUUAUGAGACGACUAUCACUGUGAAUGUCAUCUCGACAUUUCUCCUGGCUGUCCUACUCAUUCCUCUUCUGCGCGAUUCUGCGAAAAACUUCAACAUUACCCCAAAACUCGCCAUUGUUGGAUCAGCAGUCCAUUUCUUUGUCAGUGCGAAGGAGUUAACCGAUCCUGCUGAAGGACAAAUUCUCAAGACACUGUCGGAUCCUAAAAAGGCAGAUAUGAAGGCUCGCUAUUUCCUCAGCAAACUCAUUGUCAUGCUGCUGGUGAAAUACCUGGCUUCGAUGUUGACAAAGGCAGCCGACAAAGACCCGGCCAACAAACCCUUGGUGGUCAUCAACAAUGUUGCGCCUGGGCUUUGCAAGACCAACCUGUUUCAGAACUUCGCGACGCCACCUACCAAGGCCCUGGUCAGAAUUAUCGGGCGGUCUAGUGAGCACGGAGCGCGGACAUUGGUGCAUGGAGCUACGGCGGGAAGAGAGACCCAUGGGCAGUAUUUGAGCGAGUGUCGGGUCAAACCUUACAGUGCCUUUGUCAAGAGCGCCGAGGGAGACCAGACAGCGAGAAGGAUCUGGCAAGAAUUGAGCGCGUUGUAUGAGGAGGUCAAGCCUGGGUGCACCCAGGAGCUUUAA